CAAAACACUUCAAUGGCCGUCUCGCUGCGCUUUUGACCGCCUUUGGCAAAUAGUUAACUCUGGGAGUGAGGGAUAACUUGUUAACUUCAGCGCCUUGGAGACGUUUAUAAGCUCCGACAUGGCGGGGCCGCUGCUGGAGUUUGAGACCGAGAUGUUCCUGAGUCUUUUCGACAGUGACGGACUGCUAGUAGCGGCGGAGGGCUUGGGGAUAGACCGAAUCCUGCUGCAGUUCAUGCGAGUUUACUCGGAACCGGGCAGUCUGGUCCUUCUGCUCAACACAACCACACCAGAACAGGAGUAUUUCUCAGAGCAGCUGCGGGUGGAGGGCGUGACCCACCUGCCCAGGACGGUGACCAGUGAUAUCCAGAGCACUGAGCGUUACAAUGUUUACACCGAGGGAGGGGUGCUGUUUGUCACCAGCAGAAUCCUGGUGGUGGACUUCCUCACGGACCGGAUCCCUGCUCAUCUAAUAACAGGCAUUCUGGUGUAUCGUGCCCAUAAAAUUAUUGAGUCUUGCCAGGAGGCCUUCAUCCUGCGUCUGUUCAGACAGAAGAAUAAGACGGGCUUCAUUAAGGCCUUCACUGACAAGGCCACAGCUUUCUCCUCGGGCUUCUGCCAAGUGGAGCGUGUAAUGAGAAACCUGUUUGUUAAGAAGCUCUACUUGUGGCCCAGGUUUCAAGCAUCAGUGAACACAGCACUGGAUAGGCACAAACCAGAAGUGGUGGAGCUCCACGUGCCAUUAACUCCAACAAUGAAGGCUAUCCAGAGCUCCAUCCUGGACAUCAUGAGUGCCUGUUUGAAGGAGUUGAAACGCUACAACCCCACUCUAGAGGCUGAGGACCUCUCACUGGAGAACACGCUGGGGAAUUCUUUUGAAAAGACUAUCCGUCACUACCUGGACCCCAUGUGGCAUCAGCUGGGAGCAAAGACCAAAGCCCUGGUUCAGGAUCUUAAGGUGCUGAGGGUCCUCCUGCUCUACCUAACCCAGUACGACUGUGUCACCUUCCUCAAUCUCCUCGAGUCAUUGCGCUCCAGCCAAAAGAUCUUUGGUUCCAAUUCAGGUUGGCUCUUCUUGGACUCCAGUACCUCCAUGUUUGUGAAUGCCAGGGGCAGAGUGUACCACAUUCCCGAGAACAAAAAGAAACUUAAAGUGGGAGCAGAGGCAGAGAAACAGAAGUCAUCCUCUGCCUCAGAGGUGAAGCGGGAGCUAGUGCUGGAGAAGAGCCCAAAGUGGGAGGCUCUGACUGAGGUCCUGGAGGAGAUUGAGAGGGAGAACAAGAGCUCUCAGCAUGAGCCAGGUCGUGUGCUGAUUUGUGCCAGUGAUGACCGGACCUGCGCUCAGCUGCAGCAGUACAUCAAACACGGCUCCGAUUGGCUGCUCAACCGGCUAUACCACCGGACGAUUGGCAAACGAGACUCUGCUGCAGCAGCCGCCUUAGAACUGGAAUUGCAAAAAAAGGGAAAGGGUUGGGUCAAGAAAGGAACGAAGGGAAAGGAACCUGCACAGAAAAAAAGUGCAAAGAUGACAAAAAGCAAAAGCAGACCAUCUCUGACCCUGACCCAGAUGGUGGGGAAGGAGGAAACGGGCGAAGCAGUAGUGAUGGGUAGCAGUGGAGAUGAGGAUGAAUUGAUGGAUGAAGAUGAACGUGAGGAAGAAGAGCUCAAGUUAGAUUUGUCAUCAGAUGCUUAUUAUGGUGUCCUAAAGGAACCGUUGACUGUCAUUCAUCCGUUGAAAGGCUGCACCGAUCCCCACAGUUUGACCCGGGUUCUGCAUGAGGUGGAGCCCAGCUUUGUGGUGCUGUAUGAUGCAGAGCUGAGUUUUGUUCGCCAGCUGGAGAUCUACAAAGCUAACCGGCCUGGAAAGCCAUUUAGGGUAUACUUCCUCAUCUAUGGUGGCUCGACUGAAGAACAGAAGUACCUGACAGCUUUGUCUAAAGAAAAGAAAGCUUUUGAACACCUCAUCAGGGAAAAGGCUACUAUGGUCGUCCCAGAAGAGAGGGAAGGGCGAGAGGACACCAACCUUGACCUUGCUAGAAAUUUAGAGCCUGCCAAUGCCACCACCAACACCCGCAAAGCAGGUGGCCAGGAGCAGCCCAAAGAGCCCUCUCGAGUUAUUGUGGACAUGCGCGAGUUCCGUAGUGAGCUGCCAUCCUUGCUCCACCGCCGUGGACUGGACAUCGAUCCGGUCACCCUUGAAGUAGGCGACUACAUUCUGACCCCAGACACAUGCGUCGAGCGCAAGAGCGUCAGCGACCUGAUUGGCUCGCUGCAGAGCGGCCGCCUUUACACCCAGUGCCUCUCGAUGACCCGCUACUACAAGAAACCAGUGCUGCUCAUCGAGUUCGACCCAGCAAAACCAUUUUCCUUAAUGGCCCGGUCAGAUUUCCGUCACGAGAUUUCAUCAAACGAUAUUUCUUCAAAGCUCACCUUACUAACAUUACACUUCCCCCGGCUCCGCAUACUCUGGUGCCCCUCCCCACACGCCACAGCCGAGCUCUUUCUGGAACUGAAGCAAAGCCAGCCUGAACCCGAUGCUGCAGCAGCUCAGGCGGUAACGGCGGAGUCAGACACUGUGGUUGAAUCAGCAGACCUCUACAACCCCGGACCUUAUGACUUCCUGAUGAAAAUACCUGGAGUCAAUACAAAAAACUAUAGGGCUCUUAUAAAAAACGCAGACAGUUUGGCUGACAUAGCCAAACUCAGCCAGGAGAAGUUGGCAGAAAUACUCGGAAAUGUUAACAAUGCCAAGCUGAUGUACGAGUUCCUGCAUAAUGUCACUGAUGUCCCUGCUCCCAUACAGAAGGCCAAACAGACAUGAUGAGCAGACUUGUGUAUAGAAAUAUUUUGCCACUGAGAUUAAUUUUGUAUUUGUAUUUUGUAGCGUAAGAGUGUUUGUCAUAUUCAGAAAUGUGUAUUACAUUCAGGUACAGGAUGAACUUUAAUAAAAUCAUUAAGUCUUUUAAUAAUUCAUUAAAGAACAGAUGU